UUCGUUUACAGAUUCACGGGCGCUUUGCUUUAAACUUGAUAGACGGCCAUAGUUUGGUGUUUGGUGGCGAAAAUCGACGAGUUUCUUUGGCUAAGUUGGUUCGAAAAGUGAGUUUCUUCGACUUAAUUCCAUGUCUUGCGUGUUAAACGUCAAGCCGCCAGCUGCUCCAUCAAGGAAGAAGUCAAUUGAUCGUGAAAAUACCUUUGUUGAUGGACGCAGUCUCAACAAAACCGAUAAAGAGAACAAAGCAGAGCUGAAGUCCACAGUUGAUGAUAUUCCAUUCCCAGCAUCCUCUCCUGCCAAACACGAUGUUCUUCCAGUGGUCAGAGCAAUAACUGAAGAUAAAGCUGAGGACAAUGGAAAGUUUGAUGCACCUUUGAAGGAAAACUUCUUAAAUCUGACUUCUUUUGUUUCAAAGUCAAGUAAUCUAGUCACUGUUAUGAAAUAUCACAAAGGUGAAUUUGUCUCAGUCAAGAGUCUGUCAACGUACAACAGUUCUAUAUCAUUUGGCGAUAUGAAGAAAGCUUUGACCGAAGCACUUGACACUUGCAUUAACCAAUCAAAUGUUGAAGUACCCUCGGCAGAACCUACCAUACCACAUGUAGAGAUGGGACCUGCUCCGGAUGUUGUAAACCAGAGUCCCAAAAAGACACCUUCCAAUGUUAACCUUGGUCAGGGUAAUCUUGGCGACAGUGUUAAUAAAACCAAACACACUCACAUACUACCACAAGGAGGAAAAGUCAGUGAUGAUGUCACCAACAAGGCCCCGCCUAAGAAAAUAGAUAAGAGAGCUCCCCGCAAACCAAAAAAGGUUCGGCAAAUGAGAAAAGAAAGAGUUACCGAGGUAUCCAUGACCAAAGCCCCGCUGACCAAAGAGACUGCUGGCACAGCUGUGGCUCCCAAUGCGAAGGUGAAAACGGACGGACCUCAACAAGUGCGUGUGAAGAAACUUAAGAUCCCGCAUGAAGAAUCCAUCAAGUUUGCCAACAGGCAGCGGGAAAUCCAACAAAUGAAGAGAGAACUAAAGGAAAGAUUAAGACGAGAAGGAAAAAAUGGUGUUGAUCCUGUCACUCGUAUGAAUGCCUGGGGGCGAACCGUUGGUGUCACGUGCACAUUGUGCGGCCAUCACGUGCAAAAGUCGUACGGCUGUUUCAAGCGCGAGACGGCUCCGGCAAAACUUCUGCAUCUUUUUUCUCCUGGAAUGAAUCGCAUAAAGAUUUGCCGACGUUGUUUACCGUAUAAGAAACAGGCAAUUAAAAUAGACAUUGAAAACAAAACGUCAAAUUCAGCGGUCGUCGAUCCUCGUGGCUUGAAUACGGGGAAAAGUAAUCCUAAAGUGGAUGGAUCUGUUUCAAGCACUACCUUAAAAGCCAUUCACCGUAAAGUGACUUCACCAGAAACCGCUGCUCAAGAUACGGCAACCAACGUACUCUCAUCAUUAUCGGGUGACAUGGGCCUUGGUCACGUGAACAGCGGUGCUGUUCACGUGCUUCUUCAACCCGGUCUUGUGAAUCUUACUUCACGUCAAACAGGUCUUGUGAACAUUAUGGAAAAUGUUACUAAUAAUGCAAGCCACGUGAACAUCAGCUCUGGUCUUGUGAACAUUCCAGUUGGUCACGUGAACACUCCAACUGGUAUGAUCGUGUUGAAUUCAAGUGGUAACGAAAGCAAUUUACCUGGUCAUGUGAAUACCAUAGCUAGUCACGUGAAAAGUGGUAUUGUUCAAGUGAGCCCUGUUGAUCCAAUGAGUUCUGGUGAUCAGAUGAAUACCGACUUUAAACACGUGAGUCCUGCAUCGUUGCACGUCACCAAUAAUACUGUUGCACGUGAACAACUCGUGCAAGGUGAAAAGAUGCGAAUGGAAGGGAUGGCGAGCGAAUACAUAAAGAAACUUGCGUUAAAUUUGAAAAGGAAUCAAAGUAAAGAAAGUGAGCCCACGGUCAAUGUCGUGUCACCCGAAGAUCUGAACACAAAGACUGCAAUGUUGAAUGAAGAUAAAACAUUCACACCAUUGACGGCGUUAAUAAAUAACGUCAAUAAAAUUCAAGGGAGUAAUGAGCCCGCACACAAUGUAAAUAAACCUGCAGAAAGUGCAAAUGAGGCUACGCGAUCAUUUCAACAGGUCGCGUCCACUAUAAACAACGAUGACAAAAUGACAGCACAGCAACCGCUGACCACCAUACCGCUGCUUCUUAAAACCCAACCGCAAUUUGUGCUGACGUCACCUGCGCAAAAUAACUCUAAUAUGUCUAGCAUUCCAACCACGGUCAGCCCAGCCAAUCAGAGCGAAGUCAACGUACUUCCUGCCUUGAUGCUUCCGUCAAGUAAUACCUUGCCACAAAAUAGUCCGGUCUUUCUUCAAAUUCAACGCGUCAAAGUCAUGACGGAUAAAACGUCCGGUAUUGAAACACCGGUCGGUAAAAUGGAACAUACAUCGGAACAGGAAAAAGAUAAACCCAGUGCGACUGUUGAGCAAAUUACCUCUGACGUCAUUAUUGGUGGUAAGUUACCCACUGAUACAGUGACAUCAAGUGUUUCCCUGGCCGUAUCCCAUGAUGUACCUUAUGUCAACGACAUUUCGUCUGAUCAAGUCAGAUUUCCCGCGGCUAAUCUUCCUACGCUCGCCGAUGAAAUUCAAUCGUCACAAGUGGAAACACCGACCGUUGAUCUUCGUUCAAUAUCCGGUGAUAUUUUGUCAUCUCAAGUGGAAACAUCACCGGGAGAUAUUAAGAAAAUUACCGAAGAAAUCGCCUCCCUCAUUGAGAACAGUCGUAUAUGUACACAAGGAAAUUUUGUGGAUACCAAUGAGCAUAUGAGGACUCGAGAGAACACUAUUCAGCCAAUGGAAAGCAACGAAAUGCAAACAAGUCAUUUUGACAAUGGAUUCCUUCAGAAUAAUGAAAAUUUAGAACAGGGGAUUCUUCGAGGCGGCGAUCUUAUAAGUGAUCAACCGACCAAUGCGGGCAGUGGGUCAGCGGUUGAUGCUCAUCAGGAUACAACGACAGUUGCUAAGGACAUUGAGAGUGGGCAAGUGUCUACUCACGUGAAAGAUGUCAGCGAUAUGCAAGUACCUGAGGAUACUGCUUUUUUAAAUGUGGGACAGAAUUUGUCGGAAAAUUUGCGAGAGGUGCAAGAGAAAGUACAUGACGAAAAAGAAAGUUUGCAAGACGGCGGGAAAGGUGCAUCACACGAAUCUGGAGGAAUUUUAGAUGGAACAAUCAAAAUAAUGCUGCUGCAAAAUAAUGCUGGGAGUUCGUCCAAAACUGACUUGAAAAAGGGAAAUGUUGACAAUCAUGUGACCAUAGACGUACAGCAACCCUUUUUGAGCGCUGAACACAGUCUGGGGACUGAGGCGAGGAAGGUAAAAGAUGAUGAAGUACUGACUGAAAUUAAUGCUGUGAGUUCGUCCAGAACUGACUUGAAAAAGGGAAAUGUUGACAAUCAUGUGACCAUAGACGUACAGCAACCCUUCGUGAGCGCGGAGCACAGUCUGGGGACUGAGGCGAGGAAGGUAAAAGAUGAUGAAGUACUGACUGAAAUUAAUGCUGGCAGUUCGUCCAGAACUGACUUGAAAAAGGGAAAUGUUGACAAUCAUGUGACCAUAGACGUACAGCAACCCUUCGUGAGCGCGGAACACAGUCUGGGGACUGAGGCGAGGAAGGUAAAAGAUGAUGAAGUAUUGACUGAAAUCAACGAUGAUUGUCCAUCUCAGAUCUUGAAUGGAGACAUGGAUACUUCAUUUAAAGAUAAAGAUGGUGUGCAUAUGACGACUUUCGCUACAACUGAUGCAGAAGGAAACGAGUCGGGAGAACAAAUAAACGACGAAAUAUCAAACGACACAGCAAAAACUUGUGAUGAUACUUUAACAAAAUCUGAUGAAGAACACAAACCUUGUGAUAUACGAAGAAGCCGAAGACGAACAACAAGCCCAAGGAAGUUUGGCCCGACGAAAGUUUACGGAACACGAAAACAAACACAGAUCACAGCACUGGGUACAACAGGGGAUAAAGUAGCACACCAGUGUUCUUUCAAGGGUAAGAACGAACAGCUCGGUGCACAAAAGAAAGAUGGACAAGGGAAUCAAAAAGAUGGCAAUGAAUCAACUCAAGGCGUUAAACGAAAGCGACAAGCUCGUUCGGGAAAGAACAGUAAAGUAGGGAAAAGUGAAAUAGGCUGAAGUAUAUUGUUAUUUGUAUGAUUUUUAGUGAUAAUUGUUCAUAAUUACUUUGUUAUUAGAUUGUCUGGUGGUGAUGUUGUUCGUUAUUGUUGUUAUCGUAUGGAAUUGUCAUACAUGUUGCAUUUGCACUUUGAUAUGAAUGAUAAUUCUGACAUAUUUUA